CUAAGAGGAAAUUUCUGAAGGAGUUCUUAGUUCUCGCGAGAAUUUGCGUUUCAGUCGAAAUAACGGGUAAAAGUUCAGUUUCGGGAUAAGGAUUUAGUGAACAAAAGCGCGCUUUGGUGAACGUACAAUAAUGGCCGAAGAAGGCCCUCAAAUAAAACCUGUCCAAGGUGUAACUUACCACACUAUAAUCGCCCUAUGUCUGGGAGGAUUACUCUUUGGCGUUUUGAUGAUAGCUCUUUCCUGGUACUGUUACCAUCGUCGACUACGUAACGCCAAAAGACAUGGACCGGAUCAACCACUUGCAUUCCACACUCAUCGACGCCCGACUGCUGUUAAAAGCCCAGCCGGAAGUGGAGGGGGUACUCAUUAUUUGAAGAAAAGUCCUAGCCCCACCGGACCCGUGAAAACUCCUCCCGGGAUGUCAACUCCUCAUACACCAAGCCCUACUGGCAGUGUCAUUGGACCCUUAGAGAGUGGAGUUAUGAAUAGUGGACAGCUAGAGUCUAAAUCUGGAAUGGAACCUGUCGUCAAAGAUGUGUUCAACUCUGAAAAUGAAAAGAAUCAUCAACCAACGAAAGAAGAAAUUGAAACUAAUGAGAAAAAUCUACAGCAGAAUGCUGCUUAUCUAGGCCAACUAGUGUUCAAGCUCAGAAAACAGUGUCAGGAUAAUACUCGUAAGAAGUUUGGUUACCUAUAUAAGGCAGAUAUUUCUCAACCAACUGCUGUGAUCGAGUGGUGUUUGGUGAUUUUCGUAUUAAUAAACCUUUCUGAAUGUUUCAAUCAACUCACCAAUAUUACCCUCCAUUUUGUAAUUUUGAGCUUUGACAGAUAUAGUAGAGACGAUAUAAUUGGAGAAGUAUUUUGCGCACUGAAUGGUGUCGAUAUUACACAAAUUGAAAGUCAGCAGAUGGCAGUUUGCAGAGAGAUUCAACCAAGGAGCUUGAAGAUUCGAUCCCAAGGCAGAGGAGAUAUUCUUGUAUCGCUUUGCUGGCAACCGGCUGCCAAUAGACUCACAGUUGUAGUUUUGAAAGCACGAAAUCUCCCAAAAAUGGAUGUUACUGGUUUGGCAGAUCCCUACGUAAAAAUAUAUUUAUUGUACAAUGGUCAACGAAUUGCUAAGAAAAAAACUCACGUAAAGAAGAGAACUCUCAGUCCUGUUUUCAAUGAAAGUUUCGUAUUUGAUAUACCACAAGGAGGUGAAGGAUUGGAUGCUGUGAGUCUAGAAUUUCUACUGUUAGACUGGGAUCGUGUUACCAAAAACGAGGUUAUAGGAAGGUUGGAUUUGGGUGGUACCAAAUGUACGGGUUCAGCUCUUCACCACUGGAAUGAAGUUUGCAAUUCUCCAAGGCGACAAAUAGCAGAAUGGCACAAAUUACGAGAAUAGAACCACUAGAUUAAGAGCGUAUCUAUAUAUUACAAUUCCUUCACAAAGUCAAUUCAGUUGUUCAACCUGAAAGUCUGAAACUGGAUAUAUCACUAUCAAACUGUUAUUUUUGAUCAUUGAUUGACAGUUUUCAAUUCAUUUCAAAGAUAUUUACUGCGCAGAACAUUAAGAUAACAGCAAAAAUACACUCACACAGCUGGAAAGAGAAAUUGAGAAAGAAAAGAAUAUUAAGACAUACCUGAAGUAAAAUUUCAAUCAAGUGCACGUUAAAGAUGAAUAUGUAAAAACCAACUUUUGAAAUGAAUGAAUGUUAUUUUUAUUUUUGAAAUUGACGAUUCCUUUUUGUUUCCUGAAGAUGAUGAGCACUCUGAUAGUGAAAUGAAUAAAUUUAUUCUGUGGAAAUCAUCUUGAGUAAUUGAAAAAAAAAUCGAUUCGCAGGAACUAUUGAGGGAAGAUUAAACUCUUUAUACAUAUAUUAAUACCAAAAUCAUCAAUGUAGCAGAAUUUUCAGAAAAACUCUUGUAGGAAUCAAAGGCAAAAGUUCUAGUUUGAUGUGUCUUAAACAUUCAGAAGAAUGUAAGAUGCAUUUUCAUAAAGAGUUUUGAUUGAAGAAACCAAAACUGAUUUGACCGUUAUCAAAUAUAAUGACGAACGAUUUUCUAGAAGUCUACUAUAUAGUAAAAUAUCUUAACCCGAUGGAAAUAUGUUUAUCCAGCAACAUGAGUUUUUUAUAGAUAGAUAUAGAUAGAUUCCACCUGAAGAAACAUUCAAAAUAAAAACCAAUGUGUUGAAAAACUGUUGGCAGUUGAUAAAUCACACAUACAACUCAUAAUGAAUCAAUAGAACUUGUGAAAAAAUUUUUUGGAAUAAUUUUGCAGAUGUUUCAAACACUCUACCUCAAAAAUAUUAUGCAAUACUUUAGAUCUGUUUCCUCUACUAAUCUGAUGUGAAUUUUUCAAGCAUAUUGUUAGUCUUUAUAGUUUCUCAAACUAGUGAAGUUAUCACGUCGACUCAUUAUUUAUAAAUGAAUUGAUAUUCUCCGUACUCUAUGAUACGGAUGUUGGUGACUCAUUGUUGAAACAACCUGAAAGGGCAGCAAAUCUGAAAGUCAACUUUCAUCGACCCCAACUGACCUUAUUUUCACGGAAAGUGGAACACCCACGUGUUUUGUAUAUGUCACAGAAAAUUGAUUUCCAGAGAGUCACUGAAUGCAUCGGCACUUCAACUUUACGCACACAGUUAUGAAGGAAUAUGAAAAAGUAGAUUCGAGUGGUUAUGCAAUUGGAGGGAAUAGGGAAUUUAGCAAUCUUCAACUCGACAAAAAAUGAACAUGAUUCAGGGGAAUCAGAAAAUAUGAAAUCUUCAAGAAAGGAUCAUAUACUCCUUCAGUAUUCUCAUUGGAAUAUCUGUUGUUGAGUAUAUGUUCAUCCACGUCGUAUAUGAAAUUUCUUCAGAAGAAAAUGCACAAAAACUCGAAUAAAUGUCUCAAGAAAUUGUCAAUUUCCUUAUCAACACUCGAUAUUUUCAUAGAAAUCAUUCACAUCUUGUACACAAAAUGGUACUUUUUUGUUUUGAGCGAUGGACCCUGCUGGUUAUAUUACCCCCCUACAGAGGAGAUUGUAAUAAUAUGCUGCUGGUUCAUAAAUGCUGGUUCUAUCCUUUUUCUGGACAGUGUAACAACGUACAAAAAUUAGGCAGCUGCUGUCACCAGAUGCAGAUUUCUCCGCAUCAAAUUUUGAAUAUCAAGGCAGGUCCGAAAAAGCUGUAGGGUUCGUGCCGAUCGCACGAAGGCCGGUCUUUUUGAAAUCUGAUCAUUUGGUUACUUACUUAUAUUCUCUCUCGUUAUGUGGUUCCAGAUCUGAAUUUUAAUCUCAAUUGAAAUGAUUUUCUCUCACUAUUCUCUUCUCGAUAGAUUGACAGAAGGUCACUUAUUUGUUUUUGUUCUCUUAACUUCAUCUUACUCUACUUAUUUUUCUCAUUCCAAGAGAAAAUGAAAGUCCAAAGUUUCGAAUAUAAAGUAUAAUAAGUAAAAAAACUACUCCAUAGACAAAAUAAAAACAACGUGUAAAAUAUUAUAUGAAAGGAAAAUAAUAAAUUCUAUAUGAAAGAAACUAGAACAAAGAAAAUGUCGCCCCUUUUACUAUGCUAUUUACUAUCAAUCUAACCUGUUGAAUAAUUACAAAUGCGCCAACUCGGUACAAAAUACUCUUAGUUUUACUUUUACUUCAGGGAGUGUGGUGUAUAACUUCAAAUUUUCGCCCCUUUUCUGUAAUUGUAUUAUCAACUUCAGCUAAACAAUCAGCACUAGGAACCCCACAAUAUGUAACCUCUUUGGAAAUAGGAAGUGGACUCAGACAGAAUAAUAUGUGAACUCUCUCUAAACAUCAACUGGUUAGU